UUUCCUGGUCGGUGCUCUUUAUUUUUGGUCGUUAAAGUUUCUUUGGUUUCUUAUAAGUCUAUUUAUUAUUGAAUAAAAUAAUAUUAUUUAAUAAUAUAGUAGGGAUCUCAUGAACCAAAGGUUAAAAUUAAUAUUUUAUUAACAUGAGCGAUCCAAAUGCUUUCGGACUUGAGGACGGCGCAGCGAGUGGCCCUGCACGAUUGAACCCGGCGCAGUACAAGUUCUCGCAGGAUGAGUUGCGAGUGCUGAAGGAGUGCAACACGGAGAGCUUCUACCAGCGCUCUCUGCCGCUGGGAACAGGGUUUGGUCUGGCAGCUUUUUUUGGUGUUCAAGGAGGUCACUUGAAACCAAAUCCACGUUUCGGUGCAUUCCCCAAAGUGACGUUGGCUGUGAUAGUGGGCUACUUCCUGGGGAAGCUGUCGUACCAGCAGGCAUGUGCGGAGAAGCUCAUGGCACUACCUGGCAGCUACAUAGGUCAGCUCUUGAGAGAGAAGAAGGAAGGAAGGUCUGGAUUCCCGCCACCGCGCUCGCCCGCAAUGUUCGGCGCGUCGCCCGAGGACAUUUACUCGGACGCGGGCCCCGGCAGCUCGCUCGACCUGGACAUGGACAGGCCGCUGUUCGGCGACGACCACUACCGAGCCGGUCAAGAGUCCGCUGGAUGGUUGCAGGAGUGGGGCCGACGCAGGCGGAGGGCGGGAGCGCGCGGCCCGCGCUGUCGUACGACGAGCUGCGGCGCCGGAACCGCGGCGAGUACUCCGAGGCCCGGCAGGACCCAUACAAAAUCGAACCCAGCAACAUCCCGCCGAUCGCUCGAGCCAAGCCGGACCCUCCGAGGUCAUCGUCGACGAAUAAGUACGGGGAUACGAUGGAAUAGACACAUGCAAUGAAGCGACCGGAAUAUUUACAUGUUAGUUUUUUUGGGCAAACGAAUAUUGGCGAUGGCCUAUCCUGAGACUACGCCGGGCGUGGUGUAAUCUCAGGAUAGGCGUAAAUAAAUAAUGUGUGUGACAUACUUAAUACUGGCAGAUAACAUUGACGGGUCCUACGUAGUGCAGUGCAAGUUGAAAUACAACUCGAUAGAUCUGUUUAAACAUUUUAAAGCUAUUUAAAGCUUUCGAUGAUAAGAAGUGAAUUUCGCAUCUUUGCAAGUCGAACUAGUAUACAUGUGACCCGUUGAUAUUAUUCUUUGUUACUUCAGGUCGCUUGUGUUGUGCUGCAAUAUACCCACAAACUUUAAAGUAAGCUUUAAUUAAUUUUUGACUGAUCAAAGGGAAUGUUUUACUUAAAGCCAGGGACAAAACUAGUGGAAAACGCGCGCGCAAUUUUCUCUAGCAGAUAAUAUUGAGGUCAUCUAAGACGCAGCGCGAGCGGGAGAGGCCGCGCGCAGCUCAGCGUGGCGCACUGGCUGCGCAGCCAACCCAGCUUGUUGCCACUGAACACUCCCGGGUACUCAUAAACUUAUUUUUAUCGAAUCCGCCGCAUUUUUAGCCUCGAUAGCGAAGACCGAUUUAGGCACCGUAAUACUCAUACGCAAAUUUAUUAACCACUCCCAGUAGCUGGUAUACUAUUCGAAUUUUAUUCGAUGUUGACAAAUAGUAAGUGAAUUUUUGCAGUUGAUACCCUUAGUCCUUACUGGUAUCAGUAUUAUAGGCGAAACGGUAUCAUCAUGCAUGGCCAGCCGCCUAUUGGCCACGGUCACUUCGGCCACUACCGGGUCCGAUCCCGUCAGUCGUACCAUGUAAAGCCCGCUGGGGCCUCCGACUCCUUCGACAUCAUAAUACCCAGCCGAGUUGUCACGUUCGCCGUCACACGUUCUAUCCCUUCCACUCGAUGCGCUGUAUCUAGCCAGAAGACUCGACCUCACUGCGGAUAUUAAAAAACUCCAAGAAAAAAAGAAUAUUGCUAAAUCCAAAUUUCGUUUGAACCCGAGUGAUGCUAAUCGUGAAAAAUAUCACAGGGCACGUAAUCGCUGCAACACGGUGUGUAGAGAUAGCCAACGACACCAUAUCUAUAAAUCGGUUGUCGAGGAAGAAGACUCUUCAAAAAUGUGGAGUUUUCUCAGAUCUUUAGGGGUUGGAAAGUCAAAACAAACUAGAUUCUCCUAAUUUAGACCUAAAUCAAUUAAAUCAACAUUUCUCCUCUUCUGCUACUAUAAAUAGUACUGCUAAAUUAAGCACUAUUCACCAACUUUCUGCUAUAUCAACUCCCGAUUUUCCUCCUUUUUUCUUUAGCCAAAUUACUGUCAGUGAUGUUAAGAAGAAUAUCUUAGCCAUCUCUUCCGACGCUGUUGGAUCUGACUGCAUUAGUCGUAAGAUGAUCAUUCCAAUCCUCGAUAUCAUAGCUCCUAUUAUCACAUACAUCUUUAA